AAAUGUCAGGGGAACGGAAAAGGUAUGGCUUCACGCUUAGCAAAAAUAACAAACCCAUUCACGAGCUGCCUUCUUUUGAAGAAAUAGACUCACAAGAGAUCAACGUUGGCUACGCUGGAAUCAAGGCCAUGUCUUUCUUCUUUGCAAAUUACUGCGACCGCGAAAGAAACGAGUUCAUGUUGUGUCUGCGAGAAGAGAACGGAGACAUGCGCCAGUGUCUACCAGAGGGCAGAUCAGUCACAGCAUGUGGAAAGGAACUACUGAGCAAGAUCAAAGCACAGUGUGCGGAUGAGUUCACAGAACACGCAGGUUGUCUGCACAGGGACAAGAUGGGAUUCCAGAGACAUUGUAGGAAGACUCAGUGGCCGUUUGAAGAGUGCAUGGUGAAGAAACUGGGCAUUGAGAAGCUUGGUUUAGGCGAAGUGCAAAAGUAUCGAGUGAUGGACACAACUAGACCUCGUUUCGACCACGAAUCCCUUCGGAUAAAUAAGAAGCCGCCUGCCCCACAUGAGUCCAAAUACGACCCAGACUACAAACCACCCGGAGGCUGGUGGGCCAACCCCUUUUUCAAAACCUAGUGCACAAUCUAGUAGAAUUUGUCUGAAACUGAACUCUAACUUGUUAACUGGGAUUUAUAAAGAUAUUAAAAACAAAACUGAACAAUUUAUUUUU